UUGUUGGACACAUAGUAGCGCGUCAGCGUAACGGCACCCUCUAUUAUUAAUCGGAUUGCAGUGAGUUGGGUGUGUAGGCACCACGGCGGGGGUUGGAAAUAGACGAGCAGUCGGACGCGAUUUCUUGGCGAAACUUUUCGCGAGUCGAUAAUCGCGCGGAACGGCAUGGUAAAGCGUGCGGAGCGUGCCCCUUGUUCAUAGAGGGUAGAGGGUAGAUACGAUCUGCGUUCUCUGUUGUAAAAAGUAGGACAAAGUCGUCGAAUCGCGCGAUUUCUUUUCUUUACGUGUCCAUGUCCUUCCCUCUGCGGAGACAACCUUUGCUAUAUCCACCUCGCUGCGUUUAACCCUUUGCAGCACACUCGAGUAAUACGUAUUUACGUAAAUACGUAUUACUCGUAAACUAAACAUGAGUGUAGUCUUUUUCCUCGAAAAGCUGCGAUAAAAAUAUAAGAUUGGAUGGCUCUUGUCUUGGCUGGAAGAGCAGAGCCAUUGCAAAAUUAUAUAGUUCUUUUUCUACAGUCUUUCGAGACGAUUCGGUUCUAUAUAGGGAUAUUGUUUAAAUAGUGAAGGACGAAAUCUUCCUUAAAUUACAACUUAUUCAACUUAGAGAGAGAAUAAUCCAUAAUAAUUUUUGUUAGUAAGUUUCAUGAAGAAUUAACUCCAUUUUAUGUGACGAAAGAGGUUCGUUCUUAAAUUAAUGUGGAACAAUGUCAGAUCGACGAUCCUUGGAUUCAGAUCCGGAAGGACGACGGCUGACGUCGCGACGCCACGUGCGGCCGUUGUAAAAAAAGCUGCGUCGCUUAUAAAAAGAGAAAUCCGCGACCUCGUUGCACGGUUUCUCGCUGCAGAACUCUCCCUCCCGCCCCACUCUUAGGGCGCAACAGUUGAAGUCAAGGCGAAGACUAAAGCGUAGCUGCGUCUGGAAUCGAUAUCCCGUGAUUAUGAGAGGGCACACGUAAAUACGGUGACCAAGUCCACCCCCGCAUUUGGUCGCGGAUCGGCCGGCGUGUCGCUCCUUGAUCGCGUUCCUCCGCCGUCCACCCACUCUCAGGUUCCUUUCUUUCUCUUUUUUUUUCUCUCUCUCCUUCUUUCUUUCUCUCUUGACGAGGGCGAUUCCGGCAGCGGCGGCGGGGACGAUUGCAGCGCGCACGAUCUAUUAUUUAACGAAGAUAAUCGAUGCCUUAUGGACCGUACGUGUACCGGCGUACGUUCUUCGCUGUAGUGGUCAUUUUCGCGAUGGUGACGGGCCGCGCGACCGGGACAGCCGCUCAUCGUCGUCGUUGUCUGCCGCCGCGAAUCCGCGGCUCGUGAAGUUCGCGGUUUCCGCGUUUUCGGGGAGAGAAACCGAGACGAACAGGGAGGUGAAGGGGAUAACAGUUGACGAGAGGAAAUCAUGUUGGCGAGAAUCAGGAGCCUCCACUGCAGCAUGCCCAAAUGCCCGAGUAUCCGUAUUCCAGGGAUGGAGAAGGCAGAGUCCUCGGAGAGGUCCGCAGGGCCCGAGAGCGCCGUCGAGCUGGAGGAUCGAGACCCGAACAACCUGAACCAACAUCUUCAGGUGAUGUGGGACGACGUGAUCGGCGAGCCGGAAGGCAUCCGCAGCCCCGAGUGCGCCUGGCGACUCAGCGGCCACUGCUUUCGGCUUUCCAGGGGAUGCUGUUACAUACUUCUUUCCGUUCUCGUCGCGCCUUUCUUCGCCCUCUGUUUGGGCUUCACAUUCGCCUGCCUCGCAUUUCAGCAUAUAUGGUGCAUCGCGCCAUGUCUGCGUAUAUGGAAGAUCAUAUGCGCGACCAUGCGAAAUAUCCUGGCGGCAGUGACGCAGGCGAUCAUACGGCCAAUCAUGGAGGCAAUGGGCUACUGCUGCCACAAUAUCCGCGUAUUCAAUCAAAGAUUGCCGGAUGGCCCUUACCAAAAGGACGACCUGCUGAUUGUAUAGUCGAGCGUCGUCCUCGCCGAGGCGAUCGAAAUUGAAUUGACUGACAGCGAAUUUCUUUGUCGAACCGCUUCACGCCUUGCUCGACAUGAGACGCCGAUAUUGGAAAACGCUGCGUGGUUCAUGUGCCGUUUAGUAAUGUUAAGCCCGGAUCAGGCUACGCAUAGGGGAUUCAGAUUGUUAUUUGGAGAAUUGGAAUUUGAUCAAUCAGCAGAUAAUGUUUUGAAUGCAGUCCUAAACCUCCAGUUCGCAAUCCCAAUCUUUAACGUGUAGUCUAACACGGGCUUUAUAGUAUUUAGAUAGAGUUGCUCUUUCUCUCUCUCUUUCUCUCUCGCGAGAGAGAGGAGGUGAGAGGAUUCAUUGUUUGUUCUGUGCUCUGUUGGACCGAGGAUCCUCAAGUGCAAAAUAAGAUUACAGAACGCCAGGAAAAUGUCUAUCAUCGCAAAAGAUGGCGAGAGAGAUAGAGAGAUGGAGAAACACGAUAAUUUGUAUACAUUAAAUUUUGAAAUGAAUAAUGUGUAUCUAAUGUUAGAAUAAAUCGAUACACGAGCGACAAUACCGAAUGCACAUCGCGACGUAGACAUCGGGAAAGGGUGUAAACUUUUACAAUGUCUCAGUUAAGAAAGUCGUGCGACGUCAAGAAAUGUCGCGGUGAAGUGCAUGCGUGUAGCAACGAGCCGCUGUUAAACAAUAAGUACGCCAGAAAGUGUAAAGGUCCCUCUGGCCUUGCGGGAGUUUGUAAUAAUUUUAACCGUCGCACAUGUCGUGGUGGUAGUUGCCGAUCGGUAGUUAAGAUGCUAAAGGGUUCGAGGAGGCACACUAGUCAAUACUUCACGCGAGUAGGCGGUUUCGUUGGCCAUUUUUUUUGUCGGAUUUUGUCGAGUCCUAAACAAUUGAGGAUCCUCGUUACGUCAGAAACGAUAAUUAUUCAAAUAAUAAUUAUAAAGCAUAAAAAUGGAAUGUGUCGUUACUAAAUUUGUUCAUUAAUUAAAAUUUUGAAUGUAAUAAAUAUAAUUGUAAAUAAUAAGCGAUAAUCGAUUUAAACAAUUAUUAAAGACGUUAAUGAUUAGUAAUAAAAUAAGAGGAACAAUAUACAUAUUAUUAUAUAAUAUCGUUGGAAACAAGAAACGUUAGACUGACAGAUCCGUCCACUUAAUUACUGCAUAUUGUACAAUUGAUAUUGUGAUGUAUCUCGAAUAAUAAUGUAUCUCGAAGCGACAAGACAAAAACGUAUUUUCAUACUUUCACUCUGCAUUUCUUGAUAUUAUCUUAAUUAAUCUGAUGUAAUCAGAUUUCAAUUUGAAUACACCAUUAUCAUUGUCUCGAUGUCAUUCUGUUCGGAGUUUUGCGAUUUCGAACAUUGUAGAUUAUCAAUUUAUAGAAAGUUUUUUAGUAACAUCAAAUUGUGUACAUACGAACCUGUUCUUUCUGCCAAUUUUUGCAAAUAAAACGUAGAACUUACAC